CGGGCUGUGUAGAGCGAGGCAGAGAGGGACUCAUAGAAGAAGGGACGGGACAGAAAGAGGGCGAGACUUAAGACUGCCAUACGGUGGAAGAAAAAGAAAAAAGAAAAACAGAGGAGGAUGAAAAAGUAAAACCGUGACCCUGCAACUCUCACCCGAAGUUUGAUUUUCAACAAGAACAGCGGCGGCGGUGAAGCUCCAUGAGUGGAAAAACAAAAGGCAAAGAGGAUAAAGACCAUGCCGCCAAAGAGCCCCAGUUAAAGGGCAUUGUGACCAGGCUUUCCAGUCGCCAGGGCUUCCAGCUGCAGAUGCAGCCUGAUGGCACCAUUGAUGGAACCAAGGAUGAAGACAGCACCUUUGCUGUGUUCAACCUGAUCCCAGUGGGGCUUCGUGUGGUGGCCAUCCAGGGCGUCCAGACCAAGCUCUACCUGGCGAUGAACAAUGAAGGAUUUCUCUACACCUCUGAACAUUUUACUCCAGAGUGUAAGUUCAAGGAGUCAGUGUUUGAGAACUACUAUGUCACUUACUCCUCCAUGCUGUACCGGCAGCAGGCCUCAGGCCGGGCCUGGUACCUGGGACUUAACAAGGAGGGUGGAAUCAUGAAGGGGAAUCACGUCAAGAAGAACAAGGCCUCCGCACACUUCAUACCGAAACCGCUCAAAGUGGCCAUGUACAGGGAACCGUCCCUCCAUGAUUUGACAGAACUCUCACGGUCAGGCAGUGGCACGCCGACCAAGAGUCGCAGCGCUUCGGCCCUACUUAACGGCGGAGGCAAGUCGCCAAGCAACAAUGACUUAUCCUAGCCCCCGCACCCCUCACACCUACACACGCACACACACACACACACACACACACAAACACACACAAACACAUAAACACACGCACACAUGCACAGAUCUCAGGCCGACAUGCCCACACAUUAGGCUGGUGAGGGGUUAGGAGGAGGUGAGGAGAAGAGGAAGGAGGACCGGAAUGUUUUCUUCCACUUCACGGAGCCCACUGUGACUGACUGUGAUGUAAAUAAACCAAGGACAAUCAAUCCGUCUAACUCUGCUGCUCUGGUCUGCAGAGGGACAGGACCUGUGAAUCUCUUCCCUUGACUACUCUUCCUGCUGUAUUAUAUCCAUAGUGAACAAGGGAGGGAGAGAGAGAAAUGAGGGAUAGUAAGAGUCAGUCAGUCACACAGUCAGAUAAACAGACUGUUACAGAGAACCAAAGAGUCCAAGUAUUAACUUAGUUAUUGCUAUGAAAAGACAAGGCAAGAAAGUUACAGAAUGACAGAAAGGAAUGAAGAAGGUCUUUAUCUAUUCUACUGUACGCUAUGUUUACACAGAGCUCAUGGGGUUAAGUCAUAUUUUUAAAAACGAACGUAAUCCUUGUACACUUAUAAGGAUCGAUCAUUUGUUUGCAUGCAGGUGCGCCUGUGUGUGUGUGUGUGCGUGAGUGGUCGAGUACAUGCUGUGCUUGCAGUAGGUGAGUUGCGUGUGUGUGGGCAAGUGAGAGUGAGAGUGUGCGCACGCAUGUGACUGGGGGGGGAUUUUACCUUUUUAAGAUCUGUUGUAUAUCAGGCUAACCUCCUGAGGGCUUUAGCAGGUUAAAAUAAGGUUUACUGUAUAUGCUUCCAUGCUUACUUCUUACGAGCAAUGCUGUUCAUCUUUCCGUUUGUCGUUGUUGUCCCUUGCUGUUUGUUUGUUUGUUUGUUGUUGCAUGGAAGCUUGUGGACCUCUGCUCAGUAGCAGCAUGCUGAAGGUCCUUUUUUUCUGGUCAAAAGUGUUCCUGACCAAAAGAGAACACUAGUGAGCCAAUAGUGUCAUACCAUAACACUAGUGAACCAAUGUGAGGGUGUUAGAACACUACUGGACCAAUAGUAUUGCACCAGAUUAUGAGUGGACCAAUGGUGUUGGACCAGAACUUUGGUGAACCAAUGGGAGCACAGUUUAACUUAAUAUUUUGGUUCCUGCUGUGGACAAACUAGAAAUGCACUAAAUAAACUCUUUCUAAACAAGUUAAGUGACUGUCUUGUCUUAUUUGUUAUUUUUAUUAAUGUGGACCUCCUGAUGCUGUGCUGAAAAGCUUCAAGUCUAGUUAACAGUAUUUGAAUAGUAGAUAACUGUUCCUGUCACUUCAUU